GCAUAUGUAGAUGAGGUUUACAAUGUUGGUGAAAGUCAGGAUGUGUGUCUAUCCUUCCCAGCUAACUCUAGCUUCCUUAUCUUUUAUGCUCUCAACGAUUGCCUUAUGCUCACGUUAUAUAUGACUGUGGAACUCCAUCCAUACCUGUUCCUAAGAUGAUAAACCAAUAUAUAUAUAUUACCGGGAAUGAAGAUGAAAAGAAACUCCGUUUAUAUAUUUCUUAAAUUCUUUCGUAUCUAGUUCUAAACUUAAUCAUUCAAGUUUGGUCUUUGAAAUCAGUAACUGUUUUUUUUUCUGUUAAUGAAAUUAGUGAUUAACAAAAAUGUAUUUACAUAUUUACUUACACACAAAUCUGACCAAUUUUAUCUUACUUUUUGCUACCCAUUUGGUUAUUUCUGAAAGAAUCUCUACGGAGAUGACGUGGCAUGUCAAUAUGUCAAUGAUUUUUUUGUUUAUCUUAUCAUAUAAUCUUUUCCCAUUUUCUCUUUCACAUCAGAUUAGCCCACUUUGCUUGGCUUAGGAUUGUUCUUGCAUCUUAAAAAAAUGGCUUCGCUUUCUUUACUCAGCGGCGGUGCUCUCCAGGCUCGUUGCGCAAGACAUGCACAUGUUAGCCCACGCGCGGCGCAUGCUACCAAAGCCGCGCCUCCGUCCUCCUCUCUAACCGGCGCCUCUCGCAGGAACCUGCUGUUUUCCCUGACGGCAGCGACGGUGGUGACGGGACUGCAGCCUGCAUCAAUGGCGGAGACUAUUCCGUUAUUCGGGAUCAGAAAGAAGCUGAAGAAGGUAGAAGAAGAAGCGGUGGAGAUCGUGAAGGAAGGCUUCGAGACGGCGGAGAAAGGACUAGAGACGGCGGAGAAAGGAAUAGAGGCGGCGGAGAAGGGAGUAGAGACGGCGGAGAAAGAAAUCGAGACGGCGGUUAGUUACAACGGAUUGACACAGGCGGGAGCAGUCGUGGCUGCUGAGUUCGUGGGAGUUCUUGUCGCAACUUCGGUCGUCAACGGGAUUUUAGGACCUGAAGCCCAGAAGUCGUAGACUUUUAUCAUUUCAAGACUGAAAGACAUUUGAUCUUUAAGUGUAAUAUUGUGUCUAAAAGUUGUGUUCAUUACGCGUUGAACGUAUCGUAAUUUUGUUUGAGUUUUAUAUGUAAUAUAUUUUAAAUUUAUUUUCA